AGGAAGGCUACUGCUGCUGCUGAAAAGGCACCGGAGCGCGCUUCAACCGGACCGGUUCGUCUGCCGACCUCCGGACGCUGCCCCCAUCAACGGAUCCCAGUGCAGCCCACCGCACCGGAGGAGGUUCUGCAUGCCGAGACACUGCAUGGAAGUGAGGGAGGGGCGUUGAUUUAAUUGACUGGCUGCACAACCACAUGAAUGGUGCAGAUGUGUCAGGCCAUGAGUGGAAUACUGAAGAGGAAAUUUGAGGAGGUGGAAGCCUCCUCCUCCCCGUGCUCUUCCUUGAGGGAGUCUGAUGAUGAGAUAUCCUGCAGUGAGAGCGGGGAUAGCAGCGACAGCGUCAACCCGUCCGCCUCUGGCCCUUUCACCCCCGACUCCAUCUUGAAGAGAGAGAAGCGUCUGUGCACAAGGAGGGUGCACUUUGAGAAGGUGACCGUGUACUACUUCAGCAGGAGGCAGGGCUUCACCAGCGUGCCCAGCCAGGGCGGUAGCACGCUGGGCAUGUCCAACAGGCACAGCUGGGUCAGGCAGUACUCCCUCGGAGAGUUUGCCAUGGAGCAGGAAAGAAUCCACAGGGACAUGCUGAGGGACCACCUGAAGGAGGAGAAACUCAACUCCAUCAAACUCAAGCUGACCAAGAAUGGUACAGUCGAGUCUGACGAGGCCAACACACUCACCGCUGAAGACAUUUCCGAUGACGAUAUCGACUUGGACAACACGGAGGUGGAUGAGUACUUCUUCCUGCAGCCGCUCACCACUAAAAAGCGGCGGGCCCUGCUGCGUACCUCCGGGGUCAAGAAGAUUGACGUGGAAGAGAAGCACGAACUUCGGGCCAUCCGCAUGUCCCGAGAGGACUGUGGGUGUGACUGCAGAGUCUUCUGUGAGCCAGAAACCUGCGCCUGCAGCAAUGCGGGGAUCAAGUGCCAGGUGGACCGCAUGUCAUUUCCAUGUGGCUGCACAAAAGAAGGCUGCAGCAAUUCAAGUGGCAGAGUGGAGUUUAACCCCAUCCGCGUUCGGACCCAUUUCCUGCACACCAUAAUGAAGCUGGAGCUGGAGAAGAGUCGUGAGCAGGAGCAAGCUUCCCCUACAAACGGUUACCACGGCAACGACGCAGUGAGCUCAAACCCUUUGGUUCAGUCUCAGCAAAGGUUGGACUACGCUUUGCCCGACGCCGUUCCGCAAAGCACCGGCGUGCAUCUGCAGACGGCCGGCGAGAUGGACGAGCCGCUGGAGGACGAGGACGAGGACGAGGACGAGGAUGAGGAUGACGAGGACGACGAGGAAGAGGACAACGAAGACGAGGAGGAUAGCAGCAGCGUUUUCAGCGGGCUUUCAGACUCCAGCACUCAGAGUUUAGCCAACAGCGACUCGGAGGAGGACGAAGACGAGGACGAGGACGAGGAGAGGUCGGAGAACUUGUGUCACACCGAGGUGGUCCCCUUGGCCUCCGUGCUGUGUUACGGCGACGACGACAACCUCGUGAACGGGAACGCUUAUUUAAUGAACUCCUCCUCGGCCGAGUACUAUCAGCUUGGGAAUUCUGGCUCCGCCCCCAGUGGCCCAAGCAGCCAAUCGGGCGAACCCUACGGGGAAGCCUUAGCAUUCCAAGAGCCAAUCAUCAGCCCCCAACCCCAGGGAGCCUUCCCAAAUCAGCCGGUGGAACAAUAUUCGACGAAUUUUAAUUUGGGCGGUAGUGCACCGCUGGCCUCUUUGAGCCACUACGCCCAAGAGAACGACAAGCAGAUGCCGUCCAAAGCAGACUUUGUGGACCCGCCUGAGAACCAGUUUCAUAACUACCUGAACAAUAACGCCCACGGUCCGUUCAGCACUCACGGCUCAUGUGCAACAGCCGAGCCGCCGCAGCAGUCCAGUGUCAACGGACACCCCGAUCUGAACUUACUUGCAACAAGUACCAAGAAUGUCUCUUUACCAGCUGUGUAGGAGGCCUCACAUUUGCAUCUUUACUUGCUGGCAAAGGUUGAAUCAAGGCAGCUGAACUUUUCUCGAUUGUUGAAGAUGUUUCAGUUCUACAUGUUAGGUGUACAGUUUCCCUUUUUUGUGCCCCGACGGUCGCAAUGCAGUGCAGUGUAGUGAGAAGUGCAGUGACCUCUACAUUGGAGAAACCAAGCAGCCUUUGAACAGGCGCAUGGCAACAACAUCGGCGAAAGGCUUCUUCGAGUCCAGAGUCAGCGGUUCAUUUGCAUCUUGAGAAAGGAUAUUCCUUUGAGGCAGGGCACCAGACUGCCCCUGAAUGGUUGAACUUUGCCCCUAACUAUUAUUAAAUAUGAAUUGUUCAUGUGAAAAUCUGCAGGUUUCACAUAACUCUUUCACUAUAAACUCGAUUAUCAAUGCUUCUAUUCUCCCCCCCAAAACCUUGAUUCGAUUUGUGAGGAAACGGUCAUGACGAAAAAAGGCAGGAAAUUCUGUUUUCGAGAUAAGAGGCUGAGUAUAAUCACUAGUCCAGUGAAAGUCAGAGGAAAUGUGAAUAUUAAAAGUGUGUGCCCCCAGAUUUUGUGCUUCCGUCCCUAAAACUUUAAGUUAGGGGCCACUAUGCUCCUAGUAAAAACAAAAAAGGUCAUCUGGAGCCCCGCUUUGAGGACAAUGACAUCCAAAUUCUAGACAUAGAUUUGGUUUGAAAAGAUUCUGGUUUGAAAGCGGCGUAAAAGAAGCCGUCUAUGUCAAACUCCAAAAGUCAUCUCUCAACAGAGGAGGUUUGAGUAAGAGAGAACACUUAACUCUUAACUUAAUUCUGGCCUCCCUUCACAUUUUAUUUGGAGAUUCUGCUCUGUUUUUUUUUUUUUUUUUAAAUGUCAAAAUGAUUUGGAGCCUGCCAGUCCUACCUCAAACGUCUCCAAUUGGCUCAAAAUGCUGCUGCUAGCCUCUUAACUGGUACAUGUAAGAGGCAGCACAUAACCCCUCUUCUGGCCUCCUUCCACUCACUGCCUGAAUUUUCUCCUAUUUGUUUUCAAAUCUCAAAAUGUUCUCGCCCCACCCUACUACUCUGCUGCUCCAUUUCUACACUCCUCAGGUCAGCUGACCAGUUGCUCAGUGGGGACUGUGCUUUUUCUGUCGCUGGUCCCAAACUUCGGAAUGCCCUCCCGGUGCACAUGAGACAAGCCUCUUCGCUGUCCAUUUCUAAAACUCACCUUUACAUUUUUUUAAAUUGUUUUAACCUUGGUUAUUGUUUUAUUGUUCUUAAAUUACGUUAGUGCACGAUGAAUAAAAUUCAGUUGAGUUACAUCCCUUUCCCCAAAGAUUCUCAUUCCACGGGAAGAGUGACCCUAGCGAGUUCUUCACCAGCCACGCCAGGCAACAACACCGUAUUGUGACCAGCAGCAGGGAUCCCGCACGGCAAACAAUAAAUAAGGAGACUCCACAUCUAAAAUGUUUUGGAUUAAAAGUGAAACGUCUUUAACAAACACGAAAAGUUUAAUUACCUGGAUUCAACCUUUGCUGAUUACCAUGACUGGGAAUCCAAACGGACAUCUUGGUGUUUUUUUUUUUUUAGGGAGCGCAUAGCAUUCAUGGACUUUUGCAUUGUCUGACUUUCAGUUUCAAAGCAGAUCACAGCGCCGUGGCACAUUUUCCUCGCUUCAUCGUAGAAAUGUUUCGGAUUGUCACACAAAUGACAACGUUACCACGGAACAAAGCUCAAUUAUGUCACGCUGUGCAAUGUUAUCUUGUAAUUUCAGACGUAAAGUUCUAGUUUCGAGCAAAUAUUGUACCUUAGAUGGAACUUUGUCUAUCGUAUGUGUCAAAUGUGUGCAAAAAGGAUUACCGUCAAGUUUAUUUAUUGUUUAGGAAUUAUAUGUAUACGUACAGUAUAUAUUGUACAAGUUUUGAUAAUACGCAUGCUCUUGGGAAUUGCAGCAGUAUUUAAGGGGAACAAAAUGUUGUUUUAUACAAAACAAAAAUGCGCGCUUGUUUUUUUCCUCACUAUGAUAUGCUUUUCUAUGGUUUGAAAAGCAUGAAAAAGCCUGAGUUCUCAGUUGUCAAAGGUGGGGCUAAAGUGUUGGAUGCCGCAAUUUUUCUUUUUUUUAUCGAUACUUGAAUGGUGGAAAAGUGAAGAUUCACCACAUUAGAAAGUGUUACAUUAAUACAGGGAUAUUAAUUAAAUAGCACUUUGAAAUGUCUCCAAAAAGCUCUUAUUCAAAUUCAUACUGAACUAUUUAUCUAAAAUAAUGUAUUGUCCUUUCUGGUUAUAGAUUUGUUUUAAUUAUAACUUUUUUUUCUCAUUUGAACGCAGUGCAAACAACAUUGCUGUCUGGUCAUUUAAAUAAAUGAGGUUUAUUGAUGUGGAUCCAUUAAUUGAGGUUGUUGUGUGCAAUAGUUAUCUACUAAUGGUAGUCCACUAAUUAUUGUUUGGUUUCCUUUAUGGCGCAACACUGCAUAUUUCUUUCUCUUAUAAUUGCCAAUACAUACAUUAAAAAUGGAUGACAAUCACAGCUUGAUAUUAGAUGGUUCAUAUUAAUAAUUGAGUCAUUGAAAAUGGCAAAGGAGAUACAUUACAAAGUAAGCACUUAACAAAAUCACAAAAGAAAUUAAAUAAGUGCUCUGCUGCUUAUGCAGGAAUAUUUGCUUUUCAGUGGUUGUGUUGAGUAGUUUGGAACUUGUGCAUGUGUAGACUGCUUUCAGGCAAUGGAGGGAAACAACAGAGCCCUUAUGGUACCGAUUUAUUUUGCCAAAGCAUACAGGACAGUGAGGGCGAGACACUAUAAUGUUGCAUCCGGUCAAUAAUUGUUUUUUUGUUUGGUUUUUUUCCCCAGUAUUUGAGUGAUAUAUUGAAAUGUGUAUUUAUUGUGGGAAGUCAGUAUUAAGUAAAUUGCUUCAGUUUUUUUAAAUGGUCAAUUUAUAAAUGCUGAUUGUGUGUUGUGAAGCUUAAUGUGCCUGAUUUCUUUUUCAUUUUUCAAUUAUGUGAAUUGCAUAUGUUUUGCACAAAUGUUUGAUUUUGAUCUGUAGAUAGAAUUUGCUUCGUUUUAAUUUUUACAUGGUUUUGAAAUAAAUGUCAU